AUGCCAAAGGCAGCAGGGCCGUCAACGACAUCGGCAAUCGAGCGACUAUCACUUGGCUCAUCGUCGAGCCCUUCCACCUCGAGGCCAUCGCACGCACUACCAAGCUUCUCAAGCUCAGUCACGGCAAGUAGCGAUGAAUCUCACGUUGGAUCCUCAGCAUCGCUCGUACGAUCGGAAGUGCUCGAACUCGCCACGCCUUCACCGCACUACGUUGAUAGUCAAGCGCUACACAGCCUAGCUACCGAGAUGGUGGCCACACUCAUCCACAGUUCCGGCUUCGUAGCUAGUAAACAGUCACUUGCACGUCAAGAGCUUCAACUAGCAGGAAUCCAGCUCCCAACACUGAACAAGGCGCCCUCCAUGUCGACAACUCCAGGACCUGGCUCGACCACCUCCUCGGUUUCUUCUCCAUACAGCGAAGCUGUGCGAUCGAUCUCUAGAUUUGAUGCGUCCGAAACACUCUGCGAAGUUGAAACGCUGCUCACAGCUCGACUCGAAGGCAUCGGAUACCAGGUGGGCUAUCACAUGACGGAAAAUCUCGCGAGGGAUCGAGUAAGAUUCACAGACACGCUCGAUGUGCUCAAGUUUGUCUGCAAAGAAGUCUGGACGGCGGUAUGGGGCAAACAGGUGGACAACCUGCGCACAAAUCAUCGAGGUGUAUACGUGCUGCAUGAUAACCAAUUUGCACCGUUGAAGCACGUGUCGACCGCCCAGGGUGCGCAAGUGACGGCAAAGGAGUCGAGAGUGUUUUUGUCAUACCCCGUGGGCAUUGUUAAGGGCGCGCUGGCGCACUUGGAUGUGCCUAGUACGGUGGUGGCCGAGACAAAUCAGGCUCCACAGUGCACUUUCCAUGUCAAGACUCAAAAAGCCGUUGGUGGAGCAUCUGGUUCAACGGCACCAGCUGGACCUGCGCCCACGGCGUCAGCAACCAUGUAG